AUGACACGUUGGUUAGAUCGAUCGAGCAUACUCCUGACGGGGAUGAUGUUGUUUAGUACAAUAAUGUGGAAUGCAGCAAAAAGUUCGAUAAUGAGGUGCGAAGAAGCAAAACUAAAAUGCGCCUACAGAACAGGCUGUGGCGCUGCUCUGCAACACUAUCUUACGGGCUGCGCACCCGUUCUCCAAGGCAAUGAUUGUUCCGAGACCUGCCAACAUGCCCUUAUUGCUCUUACAAGCACUGAUGAGGGCAAAGAACUUAUGACAUGUGAAUGUGAGAACGAUUUAUGUCUACAAUCAAAACAAAGGGUUGAGAUAUGCAGAUCUUCUGUAACAAUGGCAAUGAAUAGAACAAGGGUAUCUUGUACAAUAGCGACUUGGAUUUGUAAUGCAGACGCUCUCUGUCAAACAGCUCUCUGGUAUUAUAAUAAAAAUUGCAAGAGUAUGUUCCAAGGACGAAAAUGCACUAGACGAUGCAGAAACUCGAUAAACAUUUUAACAAGGCAAGAAAAAGCUGCAAAAUUGAACACGUGUCAAUGUGAUGGUUUUGAAGAGUAUGAUUGCAAAGGAAUUCACAGGUAUAUGAAUCUCCUAUGUUUUGGAAAAAUACAUCACGGUUACCGCGACGUUAACAUUGAAGAUGAUAGAAGGAAUGAAUUCCUAACACCGAACAUGAGUCUUAGAGGAAAUGGUGUUCAAAUAUUAAUCGAUAGAAGACUAUUUUUACUCUCUCUAUUGAUCUAUCAUAUACUUAAAGUGAGACAAGACUGA